AGGAGGGAGGAGGGGGGAAGGGGUUUGGUGAGGGUCGUUUCGGCGAGGACUGGGGGGAAGAAACAGGAGGAAGAGGGGAGAGAAGGGCGGCAGGUCGUCCACGGGGUCUUUUCCGUCCCUACCUCUCGUCUCGCCGCAUUCUAUCCUCCCCCGCUGCUGCUCAGGAGGGUAGCAUGAGAUGCGGCUCUCGGGCGCGCCGUUCUGCUUUCGCGCUCCGCGUAGCGCCGCCACUGCGUUGUUAUUCCCUUGCUUUUGCCGCCGGUGCCGGCGGCUCCGCGCGCCCGCAAACGAACCUCCCCAGCGUACAGACUCCACAGACAAUCGGACGGACAACACGGGGGCACGCACGCGACUCUCUCUCUCUUGCUAUUUCUGUCAACGCUUUUUUUCUCCCUUUUUUUAUUGUUCUUUUUCCCUCGCGAAUGCUUCGCGAUAGCCAGAGGCGCAGAGGGAGAAGAGAGCAAGGGGACAAAGGAAAGCAAAGGAUCGUGGAAGCACCAGGGCACAGAUAUGCGGCGGGAACUCUGCUUGACUGGCUUGUCACUCUUCACUCCGUCUACGCAUCAAUCUACCUCGCACCCCCCCCCCCCCCCUUUUCCACAUAUCUUCUUCUCCCCUCGCCGCUAUCUACCCCCAGGACGUGUCGGGGCCGGCGAAUACCUAGAAUCCACGAUUUUCUCACGAUUUCUUCAGCUGGUCUCUUACCCUUCUCUCCCUCGGCCUUUGCAUAUCCCGCAUUCUCGUUCCCACCUUUUUUUUCCUUUUCUUUUUUCCACCCCGCUCGCCACGCCGGCAGCACAUCUACGUUCCCCGUUCCGAUCUUCUUCUCUUUCUCCUUGUUCUUUUUUUUCUUCCUCUCUCUGCCGGGACUGGGUUUCUCGGCUUCUCGGCAUCGCACCGUCUGCGAUCCUAGCACCGAUCCGCGACGUGCGGCUUUGCGUUCCGUACCAGCAUUAGGGGGGGAAAGGGGAAGGGGUGGGACAUACAACACAUACAUAUUUACAUGCGCGCGCGCACACGCGGCGCGGACAACUACGUUUUACGAGGGCGACAACACAUAAAGAUAUGCAUAAAUAAAUACCUACACACGGGAUACACCGAGCGCGCGCGGGCCUCUCGCGAGCCGCCGCGGCGCUACGAUUCACGACGCUGCGUUUGUUUUCCGG